CGAGUAUUGAAUAAACUCAUUAGGAGGACGAACGUGUUGAUUUUAUUACUUCCGUGUGCAUCCUUCACAUCCGCGAUCGAUGUUGGGGGAGAAACGGGUCCUUCUCUUCGGGGGGAGCGGGGGCUCCACCCAAUCUCUUCGCCCCGGUGGGGGCGGCAAGCCUGACUUCACAGUGCAGCAAUGUAGACAACCAAUAUUAUAACGAAAUCUUUAAAGUUUCAAACAAGUACAACGAUUUGGAGGAGGAACUAAGAACUUACGUGUUGCACGAGCAAAACUGGAAGUAAAAGUAAACCGUAUCUUUCAAAAUUUCUUGACGAUCUAUAAGCCAUUGUAAAACAUGUCCGUGACCUUUGCUCAACGCGGUAGGCCGCCACCAAAUCCUGCCCAAAUACAGAAGAUGCUUGAUGAAAAUAGUCAGCUUAUACAAACGAUACAAGAAUAUCAAAGCAAAGGAAAACCGCAAGAAUGUAUACAGUACCAACAAAUGUUACAUCGUAAUUUAGUAUAUUUAGCAUCGAUUGCUGAUGCAAACCAAAACAUCCAAGCAUUAUUACCACCUCCACAAGGAAUUCCUAAUGGUCCUCAACAUGGUAUGAUAAAUCCACAAGGUCUACCCAAUGCUCCUGCAGGAUCAACCGGGCCUGGAGGAGAGAUACCUCCAAAUAAUCAACCAACAUUACCAAUGUCAAGUUUUAGCCAAGGACAGCCGAUGACACAAGGAGGAUACCGUGGCCCUGUAAUGCCUGGUCAAGGACCUGCUAUAAGUAGACCACCUAAUGCACCUGGCCCGCAACAAUACAGAGGACCUCAAGGUUACCCUCAACAACCUUCGCAACAAGGUUAUCCUGCUCAAUAUGCCAAUCAGAAUUCUGGAUCCAAUUAUCAAGGGCCGCAAGGGUCUGCAUAUACUCCAGGACAGCCCAAUCAAUAUGGACCACCAAAUACAUCGCAACAGCAGGGAUAUAGUACAUCGACACAGCCAAACUAUGGACCUCCGACUACUGUAAAUAGUUAUGGCCCUCAACCAGGUGGAUAUCCACCGCCAGGAGGCACUCAGCCUCCCACAGGUUAUGGCCCACCACCACCCAGUCAACAGGGUUAUCCGCCUUCUAAUCCUUCUCAACAAAACUUUCCAUCAAGCGGUCAACAACAACAGCCAGGACAAUACGGUAGUCCCAGCCCGCAACCAAAUUAUCAACAACCUCCAUCUCAAGCUCCACCUCAAAAUGCAUACGGAGGUGGUCAACCUGGAAAUUAUCCCCCUCCGUCGUCUCAAGCAUAUGCAAAUAGCGUUCCACCUCAGAAUUACCCAGCUCCUCCUACAUCCAGCGCUCAGCCUCCUCAGCCUGGUUCUCAACAAAACACUGGUCCUCAACCUAACUAUGGUAAUCAACCGAGUCCUGGUCCUGGUGGUACCCAGUACGGUCCAGUUUCUACAUCUCCUCCAUUCAGCACUGCCUCAGCAAGUGGAGUUAAUACUUACGCUCAAAGCAGUCAACCUACAAGCACACCGUCUGCGUCAACUCAAACUUAUCCACCGAGUAGCGGUCCACCGCCUACUUCGCAAGGUGGAAGUUAUGCUCCUCCGGGUCCUGCUCCAUCCGGGUAUCCAGUUCAUCAGACACCUCAUCCGACGUCGCAUCCACCGCAUCAACCCCCACAUCAGUCUCCGCACCAGCCUCCUCAUGCUCCUCAUCAACCACCUCAUCAAUCAUCCCAUCAGUCUUCUCAUCAGCCUCCUACACAUCAAUCACCGCAUCAACCACAACAGUCUCAACAACAAUCUCAGACACCGCCACAGUCGCAACAACAGUCUCAAAGUCCUGCGCCAAGUGGAUUUCAGCCACCAUCAGGACCUCCUCAAGGUCCUGCUCCACCGCCAGGUCCUCAACCACAACCUGGAUAUGGUCCAGCUACUACUCAGACAUACGUACCACCGACCCCGGGUGGACAACCACAGGUAUACACUCCUCAUCCUCCUCAGGGUGGCCAGCAUUAUGGGCAUCCACAGUAUCCUCCUCAGAGUUAUCCACCACCGCCAACAGGACAAGGAUAUCCCCAGUAUCCACCACGGCCACCCGGUGGUCAUAUGCCUCCUCCUCCUGGACCUCAAGGACCUCCACCACCAAAUCAGUACGGAGGUUAUGGAUAUCAACCACCCCCACAAUAGAGUAUAUGUUAAUGUAAAUUCGUAUAAUAAUCAAAUUUAAUAUAAAAAUAAUUCAGUUGCAAAUUUGUAACAAAUGGCAUGUAAAAUCUUAAUUUAAUUCUUAAUAGCGUAUCGUCCAAUGUCGCAUAAUGAGACAAAUAAUAGAAGAUUAUAUAUGAUUAAGGAAAAGUGCUGCUGAAAUUUCAUUGAAAUUAUUUAAUGUUUGUUGAAAAAUACUUUAAUUUUUGUAUACAUUGUAUCUUCUAGUUUCAAAAAUUUCCAUUAAUUAUUUGAUUGGAAUAUUACAGUUUCAAUUUCAUGCAUUUGUAAUUACAUAUUUAUAUAGGUAUAUGCAGUGAUUUCUAUGUAAUAUUAUUUCAUAUAUUAGGGAGAUAAGCUUAUUGCAACUAUUUAAAAAUGUGUAGCUUGGAAAUUUCGGUGUGCAUAAUACAGCAUAAACAUAUCUGUUACACCGAAAUAAAAUGUAUGAAACAAGAUACAACAUACACUACCUAUUUAUGGCUUCCAAUGUAUACGUUUGCCUUAGAAAUAAUUUUAUAUUUACUUACCUAAUUUUAUAUUUUUUUUAUUGUCAUUAAACAAAUUUAUGGAUUUGCA